AUGGGCUCCGUUGAUACUGCCUCUGCCUUCUGGGCAAAGACCAACAAGUAUCUUAUGUCAACAGGUGUUCCAUUCUCCCCAGUUAUAAUCACAAAAGCGCAAGGUACUCGUCUUUACGAUGCUAGCGGUCGCUCAAUCCUCGAUUUCACCUCUGGCCAAAUGAGCUCUUUGCUCGGUCACUCACACCCCGACAUUGUCGAGACUGUCCAGCAAUAUGUCUCUCAACUUGAUCAUCUUCUCAGUAACAUGAUCACACACCCAGUCAUUGAUCUAGCAGAGCGCCUAGCGAAGAUUGUGCCUGCACCACUCGAGAAAUCCUUCUUCUUAAAUACAGGAUCCGAGUCCACCGAAGCAGCUAUCAAAAUGGCAAAGUUAUAUACUGGAAAUUUCGAAAUAGUCGCCUUCGCCGCUAGUUAUCACGGAUUGACUCAGGGCGCUGGCUCUGCUACAUACUCUGCUGGUCGCAAACGAGGUGGCCCUGUCCUACCAGGCCAACUUGCCUUCCCUGCUCCGUACGUCUAUCGCUCGCCUUUCCGCAAGGCGGAUGGGUCGUAUGAUUGGGAGACUGAGAUGGACUUUGGGUGGUCGAUGAUUGAUAGGCAAAGCGUUGGUUCGCUUGCUGCAUUUAUUAUGGAGCCUAUAUUAUCAACUGGGGGAAUCUUGGAUCCACCAGAAGGAUAUAUGAAACGGAUGUUUGAUGAGUGUAAGAAGCGCGGCAUGCUUGUCAUUAUGGAUGAGGCUCAGACUGGCGUAGGACGGACAGGUCAGAUGUUCGCUUUCGAGAAAGACGGUGUCGUUCCUGAUAUUCUUGCUCUGUCUAAGACACUUGGCUGUGGUCUUCCCCUUGCAUCUGUUACGACUACUGUUGAGAUUGAGCGUGGGUGCACGGAGGCCGGCUUUCUUUGGCUCACUACCCACCUUAAUGAUCCCCUCACCGCGGCAGUUGGUAAUAAGGUCCUUGAAAUUGUGGAGCGGGAGAAUGUCUGCAAGCGUGCCACUGAGCGCGGUGCACAGCUCCGGGAGGGCCUUAUCAAGCUCCAAGAGAAGUAUUGGUGUAUUGGCGAUGUCCGUGGUCGUGGACUUCUCCAGGGCAUUGAGAUUAUCUCUGAUGCUCAGACUCGUGCUCCUGGCUCUGAGCUUGGGCAGGCUGUCUCUGAUCAAGCGAUGGCUUGUGGGCUUUCCUGCAAUAUUGUGAAUCUCCCAGGUAUGGGCGGUGUUUUUCGUCUCGCGCCACCAGUGACGGUUACUGCCGAUGAGAUUGAGGAGGGUCUUCGUAUCUUGGAUGAGGCUUUCAACUAUGUACUGAAGACCAAAGAUCCAUAG